GUAAGGUUCUCUUAUUUGCAAACUAACCAGCUAAAUAAUACGAUUAUCAACAUUAUCACGAUUACUAUAAAUGCAUACAUUUGUGGAACUUAUAAUCUCACCCAUCUGCAUUUCUUCUUCUUCCUUUUGUCUUUCACAUUCAUUUUGCAAGAGAUGGGUAGCUUCAAGGUUUUUUCUCUAGCUGUUCUUUGCGUGUUAGCUUUGAAUUUCUAUGUGGGUUCAGCUCAACUUAAGACUAAUUUCUACUCCAAAUCAUGCCCAAAUGUGGAAAGUAUUGUCAAAGAAGCCGUUGCUAAAAAAUUUAAGCAAACUUUUGUUACUGCACCCGCUACUCUACGUCUAUUCUUCCACGAUUGUAUGGUUAAUGGUUGUGAUGCAUCAGUGAUGAUACAAUCCACACCGGGUAACAAGGCGGAGAAGGAUCAUCCUGACAACCUUUCAUUGGCUGGAGAUGGAUUUGACACAGUAAUCAAGGCUAAAGCAGCCGUUGAAAAGAAGUGCAAGAACAAAGUUUCUUGUGCUGACAUCCUUGCCUUGGCAGCCAGGGAUGUUAUUGUUCUGACUGGAGGGCGAUCGUACCCUGUUGAAUUAGGACGAAGAGAUGGAUUGAAAUCAACUGCAUCAAGUGUCCACUUGCCAAGUCCACACCAAAACCUCAACCAGCUUAACGCCAUCUUCAGUAAAGUUGGCCUAAAUCAAGAUGAUUUGAUUGCUCUAUCAGCUGCACAUUCAAUAGGGUUUUCUCACUGCAAGCAUGUCGAGAAACGUCUAUACAGUUGGAAUAGCAAAAACAAAGUUGACCCCACAUUAAACGCCUUCUAUGCAACUCAACUAAAACAACAGUGUCCUAAAAAGGUUGAUCCUAGAAUUGCUAUCAACAUGGACCCAGUCACACCAAAGAAGUUCGAUAUUCAAUACUACAAGAAUCUCAAACAAGGUAAAGGUCUAUUCACAUCAGACCAAGUUCUCUUUACUGAUAAAAGGUCUAGGCCAAUUGUUAAUGAUUGGGCUAUCAAUGCUGGUAACUUUAACAAAGCCUUCGAAAUUGCCAUGACCAAGCUUGGACGUGUUGGGGUUUUGACCGGUAAACAAGGAAACAUCCGUCGCAUGUGUGACGCUUUCAACUAAGCAAAGAAAAAAAGUUUGUCGUGUUUGUUUCCUAUUUAAGCAUUUCUCAUUAUUUUUCAAUAUAACGAUUUGUUAAAUAUUUUCUAAUUACAAUCGACGAGGAAGAGAUAGUCAUGGUUGUUUAGGGGCGUCUUUGAUGUAAGUCAGCAACAAUUGAUGUAAUUGUAUUACAUUGUUCGUUUUAUGUUUGUAUUGGUUUGUUUUACCAUUAACCAUUAAUAACGUGGUGAUUUGUCCACAUUUUUGAAAUA